AUGGAAGAAAAGAGUGAGAUAUUGGACAAGGUUGAUGAUGUGAUGUUGCCGGGUUUUCGGUUUCAUCCAACAGAUGAGGAGCUUGUUGGGUUUUACCUCAGGAGAAAAGUUCAGCAACAGCCUCUUUCUAUUGAGCUCAUCAAGCAAGUUGACAUUUACAAAUAUGAUCCUUGGGACCUUCCAAAGCUGGCAAGUACAGGAGAGAAAGAGUGGUACUUCUACUGCCCAAGAGACAGGAAAUACAGGAAUAGUGUGCGGCCGAAUAGAGUCACCGGAAUGGGGUUUUGGAAAGCUACGGGGACAGACAGGCCUAUUUACUCCUCUGAUGGAAGCAAGUGUAUUGGUUUGAAGAAGUCCCUUGUGUUCUACAGAGGCAGGGCUGCUAAAGGCUUCAAAACUGACUGGAUGAUGCACGAGUUUCGGUUGCCUUCUUCUUCUUCGUCGUCUGUUUCCGACUCGCAGUUGCAGGCACCAUCACCGCCCAAGAGGCUUUUGGACAAAAGCUUUCCUGCCCAAGACUCAUGGGCAAUUUGCAGGAUAUUUAAGAAAACAAACUCCUUGGCACAGAGAGCUCUUUCUCAUUCUUGGAUCUCUCCUAUGCCACCGGAGAUCGCAGCACCGGAAAUGUUCGCUCAAGGCAGCGCGCACUGCACAGAACUCGGUCCAACUGAGAGAGGAUCAUCCAUCCAUUUAUGCUGUAAUAGUGACUUACAACAACAACAACAACAGCAACUAAACUCCAUAACCAGUUUCUCUGCUCCUGAUAAUAUUCAUACCCUACCUUAUAGGCCAAUUAGUCCUGCAGCCACUAAAGCACCCUUCUUUCCCUUCUCAAAUGGAGAAAUCCCAAGUGGGUUUAUGUUCUCUCCAGUGGAAGAUUCUGGAAACACCAAAUCCACACUUGAUGAAGCUUCCAUGCUUUUGAACCCGGUCGUGAUUGAUGGCCUACAGUCACAGCACCAAUUAAGUGGAUUCCUAAUAAGCCUGCCACAUGAUGUGCAAGAGAAAUUGGACACAGAAGAAGGAGAUUUAGAAAAUCUGAAGAGAACCACAGGAGCAGCUCAGGUGAAUAAUAACCAAUGGGGAACAAUCCGGUCCAUCGGGUUCCCUUUCGGUUUGCCUCCUGCAAAUGAUGCUUGGCAGCCUAUUCUGCCAUGGGAUUCCACAAACAAUUAG